AUGGCGGCUGCGGCCCGCAAGGCUCGCGACCAGAUUCGCGCGGCUCUCGACGAGGGCGAGAACAAGCAGGCAGCGCGUAUGGCUGCCCAGCAUCUCCUCAAAAAGUCGAAAGGCGUUCCUGACGACGUCUCUGCAUUCGCCCUCAAGGCCCUCAGAGCGAUCGCGCUCGCUCGAGACGGCCAAGAGAGAGACGCCGUGGGGCUUGCGCGGGAGGUCGAACGCGCUGUGGAGAAGGACGACGAGACGGCUCGUCUCUGUUCAGUGGCGUUCAAGGAACUCCGUGAAAUAUACUAUCUGCCGCCGUCGCGAAUCGAUGCGCGGCGCUAUCCCCCGCUGGAAGAGACAGAGGAAGUGACGGCCUUUCUGGAUUCGCUCGCAGCCUCCACGACGGGGCACCUCGAGCGGCUCCUGCCGUCGGCGCUCCGCCUCUUUAGCCGCUUCAAGAAGCCUCGAUAUCUCCAAUGGGCGCUAGUCUGCAUGCUGCUGCAUGACGCGUCGCCCGGCUCGAAGGCUACAUGGGCACUGGCGGCCAAGCUGCUGGCCAAGCUCCCCGCGCUGGACGCCUCGCCCUCGACGGACAGUCACUUCUCUCCGCAGUUGAUGAGCAACCCCGAAGGCUGUUGUGAACGCCGCGACAGCUAUGCAAGGUUUAUUUUGACGCUGUCCGUGCUCCGGCAGAACGGUCAAUGCGGCGAGGGCCUUGGCCUGCUCGCUGCCCACACGGACCUUUGCCUGGUUCCCUUGGAAGGACUCGCUCUGAGGCUUCAGUUGCUCCUCGAGGAUGGGCGUCUGCUGGAGGCUUUUCAAGUCUCGGAGCAAAUGCUCGACGAACAGCCCUUUAACACCUCGUUCGCCGAAAACUGCAUUCGGCUAGGUCUCAGUCUACAGACCGAGAAUGCGGAGAAGGGAACCGACUCCCUGGCUCCGUGGAAGGAGAAGUGGGAGGCGGAGAAGCGAACCUCGUUCGAGGCCACCCAGGCGCUUCUGUCGCUUCACCGCCUGCGGGCCCUUCGUCCCCUCUGCGCCUCGCUCUCUGACAAAGCUUGGACGGACGCACGCCUCGAUCAGCUCUGGACAGAUCCUGCGCGUUCCGCAUGCAUCUCGGACAUCCUCAGCGCCUUGACGGCUCACGCGCACGACUCCCGUUGCUUCUCCACCCUUCGAUGUCUGCUCGGGUGUUUCCCCUUGUCAAUGCGGGAGGUUUGCCUGAGUGCCCUCGAGCCUCUGCAUGGCCCGUGGCAGGGCGAAGUGGAAAAACACUUGGCGAUGUCGUCUGCGCAAAUUGCGGGAUGCUCCCAGAGCUCCGAGGGAGGAUUCGGCUUCCUGGCGCUUCUCGGCCGCCUCGCAUUCCGCUCCCCUCUCGGCCGCUACAAGGUUGUCGCCCCGUCAGGAGCUGCGGCUAUAAACGCGUGGCUCCAACUGCGCGCGGAUCUUGACAGCGUGGCCCCAGAGCUGAGCGACACGGCGGACGACCUGCUCCUCCUCGCUGUCGACGUUUUGCUUCUGUUCGAUCACCACCUCUGCCGGCUAGAAAACACUGAAGCCGGGAGAUCCGGAGAAGCCACGGUGGAGCCUCCCGUCGAGCCCCUCGCCGAGCGACGGUUCUUCUUCGCAGCGCUGACUCUGCUCUCCUCGGCGAUAGCCUCGCGGAAUGCCUCCCCUUCUUCUUCUUCGCCCUCGCCCGCUUCGGCGCACGCGUCGCCCGCUUUCCGCGCUUUGCUCUUGUGGCUGGCCGGCUGCGUGGGUCUGGUCUCCACAAGUCGGAGCCUCUUCUUCUCUUCGCUGGACAUCAAGAACGCGAUGCUGUUUUCUCUCGGGUUCUCGCUCGCGCUUCCUCUCGCGGACUACGGCGCGAGCGCGGACGUCCUAUCCCUGUCGAAGAUGAUUCAAGAUGGCCACGAAGAAAACGUGAAUUCGCUUUCGGAUGCACUGAUCGCCUCGUUCGAAGAAGGCACCUACGCGGGAAUCGCCGAGUUCCUCUUCAUUCGACCGUUCACUUCCUCCUCGCUCUUUACGUCCCUCGUCGACCUCGACGCACUGCUGUACCAGCCCGUCGCCGCGCCUGCGGCACCUGCAAGCGCGGUCUCUCUCCACCAGUUCUCCUACUUCCUGGCGUGCCGAGAAAACCGUGCGUUCACGGCCUCCCCCGUCUCCCUCUCUGCCCAGCUGCUCCUCUUCUCGGCGGCCAGGCGAACGGCUCGAGCCGGCGCGACAGGCUACUCGGCGGACCUCACCUCGCUGGCGUUGUCGCAGAUGAGCUCGGAGGGCGACGAGGCAGACCCAAAGAGCGCACGCCUCGGCGUGCUGCCGCUCGACAAGGAAACGCUCGUUCUGAAUCUCUCUCUCCCCCCGUUCUCUGCCUCUCGCGUCCGUCACCUCAGUGACCCUAUUCAGCGAUCGCUCUCGCGCCUUCAGGCAAUGCCCCCGAGGCGGGAAGGCACAGAGGGAGGCGCAACCGACCGGGAGACAGCUCAUGCAAGCGAUCAAGUGCCUUUCUCGCAGGCCGCUGAAAACCUCGAACGCGCGGUCGCGGCAAGUCAAACACUCGCGACCCCCUGGACGCCUGUUGCGCCGGCUCGUCUGGUUGGGGCCGAGUCGCUGGAGGCCUUGCCUCGCUGUCGGUCCGCCGACUUUUUCGGGCUUCUCCAGUCGCUUUCUGCGUCGUCUUCGAGUGCCGAGCGACGCGACAGCCACUCACCUACAGUAGAAGGCCGGGGCGAAGGACGGACGUGCGGAGACAGCGAAGGAGCCGAGGCGGGCGGCAAAGCCGAGAGCGAAGCACCCAGCAUGCGCGAGGGAGACAGCGAGGACCAGCUCUUACGCUCGCUGUAUGGCACUGACUGGGCCGACGAAACAACCGCCACAGGCAACGCUAUCGGGGGCGGAAGUACCUUCCGAGCAAGCAAGGCCACUGAAGUUAUGACCCGCCAUGUAGAGGGCAUUCCGAAGCGCACUCGCCUGCGACGCCUCACCCUCCUGACCCUCCUCCCACCGUCCGCGUUCCCCUCACCGGGUUCUCUCUCGGCCAUUUGCCACCACUUGCGCGAGGAACUUUCCGAACUGGGAUCCGCUCCAACUUCUCGAUCCCCCGACGGUCCUUCUUCGGCUCUCUCCUGUUCGGCUUCUGAUUCGUCCUCGCCUCCUUCGUCUUCGAUGUCGGGCGCCCCUGCGUGCUGGCCGUCGCUGGGUGCGGCGCUUCCGACUGCAUGCGCAGUGCACGGGGGCGGAGCGUCGCGACCGAGUCGCAGCGGGGCUGCGUUGCUCAUUCGCGUGUGGAGGGACGCCGUCGACAUGCUGGAUGCUUCCCAGGACUUCCAUCGACACUCCGGAACCGCCAGAAAGCACUCGGAGAGCAACGCUAAGGACGACGCGGUGGCAGAUCCUGGCGGUUUUCUCGUAAGCCUUGACCGCUUCGUGCGUGACGCAUCAGUGCUCUUCACUGCGACCCUGCGAUCCCUUCGACUCGGCUUCGCGGCGUUCCUCGACGCGCGUUUUGGCAAGCUGCGGCGGGACGCUUUUGAGCGAGAAACGGCGAAAGAGCAGCGGAAGAAAGAGCCAUGUCCAGAUGGCGGCGAACGAGCAACAGGCGACGCGGAAGGGAGAGAAGAAUGCGUGUUGCCCAUCUGGGACGCGUUCUACCUUCUCGCUUCGUUCACUACCCUUGCCCUCGUCACAGCCGCUGCAGCGGCCCGCAAUGUCCUCAGCACGCUCGGUAGUAGAAAAGAGGGGGAGCGUCUGCGUCAAGCGAUUUUGAAAAGGAUCGCGUUACUCCUUGUGGACCUUGAAGAGGUCCAAGCAGAGGUGAGAACUGCGGUGGUCAGCAGCAGCCAACCGUUUGUCCGUGCAAACAUCGGCACAAUCAAGAGGGGUGAGACGGAGAGGAUGAAACAAAUUGCACGGGCUGCAGGAGACCUAAGCGAUGAGGAGCGGAUCGACGAGGGGGAGGCAGGCAUGCAGCCCCUGGCUUGGUGGACGAAUAUACACGUUACGCCUCGAGGGUCGCAAGAAGUCCUUCGGUUUCCGUUUACAGAAACUCCGGCUUUCGGAGGCGAACGGAAGGCUCUGGCUUCUCGUAGACAGUGGCUGCUCGAGGCGGCCUCAUCAAACGCCGACGUCGGCUCCGGCUAG